AUGUCCGAUUUGCGAUUCGAUAACCAGACGGUGGUCGUCACCGGUGCCGGUGGUGGUCUGGGAAAGGCAUAUGCUCUCUUCUUCGCCUCAAGGGGUGCAAAUGUCGUCGUGAACGAUCUCGGUGGCUCUCACAAGGGUGAGGGCAAGUCUGGAAAGGCCGCAGAUGAUGUCGUCGCGGAGAUCCGCGCCGCUGGCGGCAAGGCCGUCGCCAACUACGACAGUGUCGAGAAUGGCGAAGCCAUCAUCGAUACCGCUAUCAAGGCCUUCGGCCGCAUUGAUGUUUUGCUCAACAACGCCGGUAUUCUGCGCGAUAUCAGCUUUAAGAACAUGAAGGAUUCCGACUGGGAUCUGAUCAACACAGUCCACACCUACGGUGCCUACAAGUGCGCACGAGCUGCGUGGCCUCACUUCCGGAAACAAAAGUACGGCCGUGUCAUCAACACUGCCUCGGCUGCUGGUCUCUUCGGCAGCUUCGGUCAGGCCAAUUACUCGGCUGCUAAGCUCGGCCAGGUCGGUUUCACCGAGACCUUGGCUAAGGAGGGUGCUAAGUACAACAUUAUUGCCAACGUUAUUGCUCCUAUUGCUGCUAGCCGCAUGACCGCGACUGUCAUGCCUCCCGAUGUUUUGGAGAACCUCAAGCCCGACUGGGUUGUCCCCUUGGUCGCUGCUCUUGUGCACUCAUCUAACACCACCGAGUCCGGCGGUAUCUUUGAGGUUGGCGGUGGCCAUGUCGCCAAGCUCCGCUGGGAGCGAGCCAAGGGUGCCCUCCUGAAGACCGAUGCCUCUCUGACCCCCGGUGCCAUCGCCCGCAAGUGGAACGAGGUCAACGACUUCUCUCAGCCCGAAUACCCCACUGGUCCUGCUGAUUUCAUGGGCCUCUUGGAGGAUGGCCUGAAGAAGCCUAGCGCCGAGUCUGGUGAAGAGCCUGACUUCAAGGGCCGUGUCGCUCUGGUCACCGGAGGUGGUGCCGGUCUCGGUCGCGCAUACUGCUUGCAGUUCGCCAAACUUGGUGCCUCCGUGGUAGUCAACGAUUUGAUGGACCCCGAACCUGUGGUUCAGGAGAUCAUCAAGAUGGGUGGCAAGGCCGUUGGCAACAAGGCCAGCUGCGAGGAUGGCGAUGCCGUCGUCAAGAGCGCUAUCGAUGCCUUUGGCCGCAUUGAUAUCCUGGUCAACAACGCCGGUAUUCUGCGCGACAAGGCUUUCACAAACAUGGACGACAACCUGUGGAACUCAGUUAUGAACGUCCACCUGCGUGGUACCUACAAGGUGACUAAGGCUGCCUGGCCUUACUUCCUCAAGCAGAAGUAUGGUCGCAUCGUCAACACUACCAGCACCAGCGGUAUCUACGGCAACUUUGGCCAGGCCAACUACGCUGCUGCUAAGCUUGGAAUUCUGGGUCUCUCCCGCACUCUCGCUAUGGAGGGUGCUAAGUACAACAUCAAGGUCAACACCAUUGCUCCUAAUGCCGGUACCAACAUGACCCGCACUGUCAUGCCGGAGGAGAUGAUCCAGGCCUUCAAGCCCGACUACGUUGCUCCCCUGGUCGUUCUGCUCUGCUCUGAUAACACCCCCGAGCCCUCCACCAAGGGCCUGUUCGAGUGUGGCAGCGGCUGGUUUGGUCGCACCCGCUGGCAGCGCUCCGGCGGCCACGGCUUCCCCGUCGACGUCCAGCUGACUCCCGAAGAGGUUGUCCGCAACUGGGAGAAGAUCGUCAACUUCGAGGAUGGUCGCGCUGAUCACCCCGAGGAUGGCCAGGCCGGCACCGAGAAGAUCAUGGCUAACAUGUCCAACCGCGUGCAUGGCGCCGCCUCCGCCGAGAACGAUAUCCUGAAGAACAUCGAGAAGGCAAAGGCUCUCUCGAGCGAGGGCACUCCCUUCGACUACGAGGACCGCGAUGUGAUUUUGUACAACCUUAGCGUGGGCGCCAAGCGCACUGACUUGCCUUUGGUCUACGAGAACAGCGACCAGUUCCAGGCUCUUCCCUCAUACGGUGUUAUUCCCUGGUUCAACACCUCUACCCCCUGGAACAUGGAUGACCUGGUCAAGAACUUCUCUCCUAUGAUGCUGCUCCAUGGCGAGCAGUACAUGGAGGUCCGCAAGUACCCCAUUCCCACUGCCGCCAAGACCCUGACCUACCCCAAGCUCAUCGACGUUAUUGACAAGGGCAACGCGGCCAUCGUCGUGGCCGGUUACACCACCAAGGAUGCUAAGACUGGCGAAGAUCUGUUCUACAACGAGUCCAGCGUCUUCAUCCGCGGCAGCGGUGGCUUCGGAGGCUCUCCCAAGCCCACUGUCCAGCGCGCCAAGGCUGCAACUGCUGCAUACAAGGCGCCGCAGCGUCAGCCCGAUGCCGUGGUUGAGGAGAAGACCUCCGAGGACCAGGCUGCGUUGUACCGCCUGAACGGCGACCGCAACCCGCUCCACAUCGACCCCGAGUUCAGCAAGGUCGGCGGCUUCAAGACUCCCAUCCUUCACGGUCUGUGCUCGCUCGGUGUGUCCGCCAAGGCUGUCUUCUCCAAGUACGGUCCAUACAAGAACCUCAAGGUUCGCUUCGCCGGUGUCGUCCUGCCUGGCCAGACCCUCAAGACUGAGAUGUGGAAGGAGGGCAACACUGUGCUGUUCCAGGCCACCGUCGUUGAGACUGGCAAGCCCGCCAUUACCGGCGCUGGUGCUGAACUCCUCGAGGGCGCCAAGGCCAAGCUGUAA